AUGAUCCCAUUAAUCUUAUUAAUCUUAGGAGUUUCUGCUCAGCAAUGCCCAAAAUAUACCUGCGAUACGGCCGAAAAAUGUAUGUCUUUUAGUAAAAAGACUAACACAUAUCAAAUAUCCCCUUGUUCUCCAAAUGCCACUUGUCCGAUAGAUCUAUCAUCAAAAGAAUCGCAUUGCGUUGAUUUACAACCAGAGAAAUCAUUCAACUACCCAGGAGAAUUCUGCACAUGGAAUUCAGAUUGCAGUAGCAAGUCUUGUCUUGGCAACAUAUGUCAGGGCAAAAACCAAGGAGAUGACUGCAUAAAUCUUUAUGACUGUAACCCUGGCCUUUACUGUGAUCAAGUUGUAAAGACAUGCGAACCUCAGCUUGUAUCAGGGAAGGCUUGCAAUUCUGAUGAUGAAUGCGUAAACACCAAUUUUUGCCUUUCAGGAACUUGCCAAAGCUAUUUUUCACAGCCAAACGGAUAUUCCUUUACAAAACUACAGGUCAACUCAACAACAGGCUUUAAUAUGGUAUGCGCAUCAGGCUUCGCAAUAUUAAGCGCAGGGACCUAUACAUGUACAGCUGCCCCUACAAAUAAAGCAGACCCUACACAAGCAUGUACUCCUGGAUCUCAGUGCACAUCUUCAGAUGGAAAAUAUACACUCCCAUGUCAAUGUGGAUAUACAGAAUCAGGAAGUGGAUAUUGCCCACUAUUUGCAGGAGAUACUGUAGCUCAAAACAUGAUUACUAGCUGGAUUGGUUUGCUUAAAGGCUAUAGUACUGGUACUUGUAAUACAAUGAGAAGAUGGGGAUAUCAAUGCUUUAUAGGUCAGAAUGCAAAUGCAGAGAUGGCUUUCAAUACUUUCAUGCAAUAUUAUAUCGCUUAUGUAGGAGGCCAGUGGCCACUUUUGCAAAACAACCCACCAUGCAUCAAAGAAACUCUCGCAAAAGAAUAUUACGAUCUUCAGGCUGCACAAUCAGAUGAUAAGUAUACAAUUUCCUCUUGUCCUGUUUACUUUUGUUCUUCAUCAUCUUCAAGUGAUCAAUGCAUAGUUUAUAAAGAAGAAAUCAGCGAUUUUUACGUUCAAGAAACAUUUUAUGCAAAGACAUGCUCAUCUGGAAAAACUUGUCCAGCAACAAGGACAUCAAACUCAACAUGUGAAGAUGCGCCAACUGCAGUUCGAUAUGCUGGAGACAAAUGCUCUGAUAAUUCUGACUGUUUAUCAAAUAAAUGCGAUAAUAAAGUCUGCGUUGGAAAAGCUCAAAGCGAUACUUGUGAGUACAUAUAUGACUGCAAUCCUGGAUUAUACUGCAACUCUGGGUCUUCCCGCUGUGAAACGCAGCUAACUGCAGAUGCGACAUGUUUAGAUGACUAUGACUGCGCCAAUGGCUUGAUGUGCAACUUAGGAGCUUGCACUCUUUACUUUACUUUAGAAAAUGGCAUGCAAACUGACAAUGUCAAUAAUUAUGGUUUUUCUAUGGCAUGCAAAACCGGCUUUGCGGCAGUUAAUAGGCAAACCAAUCCUCCAACUGGGAUCUGUGCAGAAGCACCUCUUUCACCUACAGUAAAGACAUGUAUGGUAGAUUCGAUGUGUCAAGACACAACUGGGACUUAUUCGAAACCGUGCACUUGUGGAUAUAAUGCGAAUGGGCUCUCAUUCUGUCCAAGUUUUGAAGGCGACCAGUACCUGCAAACUGCAAUUGUCGCUGCAAGAACUCUUUUGCUAAUUCUCACUUCUCUAUAAGUGAAAUCCCAAAAAAAAUAAAACUAUUAUAAUUUGAGAAUGGCAAAUUAAUUUUACCAUAAAGUUUAUACAGGCUAUUUUAAAAUUUUAUUUUCCAUUUAAUAAUCCAUAAUUAUAUAUAAAAUAAAUUAACCAACAAUUUUUGCUCACUCAUAGAGUUUGUUUUACUUGCUAGCAGAGAGGGUGUAAGUAAUGUUCAAUGCAACACUUACUCUAGGCUAAGCGAAUAUUGCUAUGAAAAGUAUCCAAAAUUACUUGGAAAUUAUUAUAAUUACGCAAUAAAUAUGGAAAUGUAUUUGAACUAUCCAUUACUACAACAAAACCCAGACUGUAUCGAAAAAAUUUAUAAUGCAGACUAUUACUAUGUUGUCCAGAAACUAAAGGAUAUGAAUGAUAGUGGGUCAAUUGAAAAAUCCAUAUUCUUUGGAUUAUUGGCUCUCCUAGUAUUAAGCUAACUCCCCCCCUCCGUGAGUGAACAAAAAAAAUUUUGUUCACUCACGGAGGGGGGUUAAUUUUUUUUUUUAAAAAAAUUUAUAUAUAAAUUUUUUAUAAAAUAUUUUUUUCGAAAUUUAAAAAAUUCUCACUUCUAUAAAAAUUGGAAUGCAAAUAUUAAUUUAAUUUGUAAAAAUUAUGUUUUAAAACGCAAUUUGUCUAAAAUUAAACAGAAUUAGCUCGAGAUUUCAUUAUAAUAAUUAUCAUUUAUAUAUCAACAUUUUUUUCCAUUAACAAUUUUUCUAUUAAAACAAUUUUUGUUCACUCACGGAGGGGUGGGGGGGAGUAA